UUCUUUACUCUCCCUUUUCUCUCUAAUGACUUCAAAUACCGUAUUCUAUGGAACCCUCAUCCAUUCUCUCUCUCUAGCAGAAUUAGAGGUGAUCAACAAUGGUGUUCUGAUUAUCAAUGACAAGGGAAUCAUUAUCCAUCUCGAGCGUAAUGUCCCUGAUCUCAACGCCUUUUUGUUAAAACAUGACUUUGGAAUCACAAAGAUACAUCGAUUGAACCCACACCAGUUUUUGGCACCAGGUUUUGUGGAUACACAUGCACAUGCUCCUCAAUACGUAUUUUCUGGCUUGGGAAUGGAUCUUCCACUACUUGACUGGCUCAACACAUAUACUUUUCCCGCCGAGUCUUCAUUCAAGUCAGUUGAAUACGCCGAAAAGGCGUAUACCAAGGUUGUCUCACGAUUCCUCAGAAAUGGAACAACUACCUGUAGCUGGUUUGCUACUAUUCAUUUGAACGCAUGCCAAAGUUUAACAGAUAUCAUCGAGCGUCUGGGCCAACGUGCAUUUAUCGGCAAGGUCAACAUGGACCAGAAUUCGCCCGAUUACUAUGUCGAGACCACAGAGGGCAGUUUGCGGGAUACUCGGUUAUUCAUAGACUACGUAAACUCCAAGAAGUCAAGUCUUUUGACUCCAGUCAUAACCCCUCGUUUUGCAAUCUCAUGUACAUCGGAACUGAUGCUUGGUCUGGGUAAACUUGCUAAAGAAUAUGACGUACCUGUUCAAAGCCAUCUGUGCGAGAACCACGACGAGAUUGAAUUCACGUGCUCCUUGUUCCCUGACUCAGCAAACUACACCGCUAUCUAUGAUGAUCACAACCUGCUUACCGACAAAUCUUAUAUGGCUCACUGUGUGCACAUGAAGGAUGAUGAGGUUGAUAUGCUGGCUGCCAAAAGUGUAGGCGUAUCACACUGUGCCAACUCCAAUUUCUCAAUUCACAGUGGUGUAUGUGAUGUCCGACGCUUCUUGAAAAAGGGAAUCAAGGUCGGUUUAGGAACAGACGUGGCAGGUGGUUUCUCGCCAUCAGUUUUGGAUUCCAUAAGAUCAUCUUUUAUGGCCUCAAAAACAAUGAAGAUUAUGCACCGGGAUGGUAUGACUGGUGGAUCUAAGGAAUAUGAGCCAUUGGUUCCUAGUGAGCUGUUUUACCUGGCUACAUUGGGAGGUGCCAAGGUUCUUGGCCUAGAGGAUACCAUCGGCAACUUUGCAGUGGGUAAAUCACUGGAUGCACUUUGGGUAGACUUGGCAGAAGGUGGCCCUGUAGAUAUCUUUGAGAAUGAUACAAACACUCAAAUGUUUGAAAAGUUUCUUUUCCUUGGAAACGAUCAAUCACUCUUGCAUGUAUUUGUUCAAGGUCGCCGAGUAGCUGGUACAGCAACAUCCAUUUAAAUAUCCAUCAAUAGACCAACAUUUGCCCCUUUUUUUUUAAAUAAUAAUAAUAACCAAGUCAUUAUCAUACACACAAUAU